CCGGCGCCCGAGCCCCCUGCUUCCAUGCUGAGCGUGGACGUGCCGGGGCUGCUCACGCAGUUCGCGCGCAGCUUCGUGCUGCUCUUCCCCGUGUACGCGCUCGGCUACCUGGGGCUGAGCUUCAGCUGGAUCCUGCUGGGGCUGGGGCUGCUCUUCUGGUGCCGGAGGAACAAGGGCCACAAGACGUCCCGCCUCUCCCGGGCGCUGGCCUUCCUGGAGGACGAGGAGCAGGCGGUGCGCCUCAGCGUCUGCUCCUCCGACCUGCCCGCCUGGGUUCAUUUUCCAGACACUGAAAGAGCAGAGUGGCUAAAUAAGACUGUAAAACACAUGUGGCCUUUUAUUUGCCAAUUUAUAGAGAAACUGUUUAGAGAAACAAUAGAACCAGCUGUACGUGGUGCAAACACGCACCUUAGCACCUUUAGCUUCACGAAGGUUGACAUGGGUCAGCAGCCCCUCAGGAUCAAUGGUGUUAAGGUGUACACUGAAAAUGUAGACAAAAGGCAAAUUAUUUUGGACCUUCAAAUUAGUUUUGUGGGAAAUUGUGAGAUCGAUUUGGAGAUCAAGCGAUAUUUUUGUAGAGCUGGUGUGAAAAGUAUACAGAUUCAUGGAACAAUGCGGGUGAUCUUGGAACCACUGAUUGGAGAUAUGCCCUUAGUUGGAGCUCUGUCCAUCUUCUUCCUUCGGAAACCACUUUUGGAAAUUAACUGGACAGGACUAACUAAUCUUCUCGAUAUCCCUGGACUGAAUGGUUUAUCAGAUACUAUCAUUUUGGAUAUAAUAUCAAACUAUCUGGUGCUUCCCAAUCGAAUCACUGUUCCUCUUGUCAGUGAAGUUCAGAUAGCCCAGUUACGGUUUCCUGUACCAAAGGGUGUUCUAAGGAUACAUUUUAUUGAAGCUCAGGAUCUUCAAGGGAAAGAUACUUACCUUAAGGGACUUGUAAAGGGAAAGUCUGACCCCUAUGGAAUUAUUCGAGUUGGCAACCAAAUCUUCCAAAGUAAAGUUAUCAAAGAAAAUCUUAGCCCAAAGUGGAAUGAAGUUUAUGAGGCUUUAGUUUAUGAGCAUCCUGGGCAAGAAUUAGAAAUUGAGCUCUUUGAUGAAGAUCCAGAUAAGGAUGACUUCCUAGGAAGUCUUAUGAUUGAUCUUAUAGAAGUUGAAAAGGAGCGCCUUUUAGAUGAAUGGUUCACUCUGGACGAGGUUCCCAAAGGAAAGCUUCACUUGAAACUGGAAUGGCUCACCUUAAUGCCACAUGCUUCAAAUCUCAGUAAGGUGCUGACAGAUAUCAAAGCUGACAAAGACCAAGCCAAUGAUGGUCUUUCCUCUGCAUUGCUUAUCUUAUAUUUAGAUUCAGCAAGGAAUCUUCCAUCAGGGAAGAAAAUAAACAGCAACCCAAAUCCUCUUGUUCAAAUGUCAGUUGGACACAAGGCACAGGAAAGCAAGAUUCGGUAUAAAACCAAUGAACCUGUGUGGGAAGAAAACUUCACUUUCUUCAUUCACAAUCCUAAGCGCCAGGACCUUGAAAUUGAGGUCAAGGAUGAACAGCAUCAGUGUUCCCUGGGGAAUUUGAAGAUUCCUCUGAGUCAGCUGCUCGCAAGUGAUGAUAUGACUAUGAACCAACGAUUCCAACUUAGUAAUUCAGGUCCAAACAGCACUAUAAAAAUGAAGAUUGCCCUCAAGGUACUUUCCCUUGAAAAGCAAGAAAGUUCUCCAGGUCAUCAACAUUCAGCUCAAGUGAAAAGACCCUCAGUUUCCAAAGAAGGGAGAAAAACAUCUGUCAAAUCUCAAAUUUCUGUAUCUCCAGCCACUGAGGGCGUUAAAACAGUUCCAUCCACACCAAUAAUUGAUGGUAGAAAUAAGACUGAUAUGGGAGAGAAAGACCAGCUGCCUAAUGCCAGCCCUCAGUGGCCACGUGAUCUCAACAGAAGCUCUUCCAGCCUCCAGGCCUCCAAUUCUGCCUAUUCCCCAAGCCACAUUUCAGUCAAGGAGCCCACACCAAGCAUCGCCUCAGAUAUAUCAUUGCCAAUCGCCACACAGGAACUUCGGCAAAGAUUGCGACAGCUUGAAAAUGGAACAACAUUGGGACAGUCUCCACUUGGACAAAUCCAGCUGACAAUACGUCACAGUUCUCAAAGAAACAAGCUUAUUGUGGUUGUGCAUUCCUGCAGAAAUCUUAUUGCCUUUUCUGAAGAUGGCUCUGAUCCCUAUGUCCGAAUGUAUUUAUUACCAGACAAGAGGAGGUCAGGAAGAAGAAAAACCCAUGUUUCAAAGAAAACAUUAAAUCCAGUGUUUGAUCAAAGCUUUGAUUUUAGUGUGUCAUUACCAGAAGUGCAAAGAAGAACAUUAGAUGUUGCUGUAAAGAACAGUGGUGGCUUCUUGUCCAAAGACAAAGGGCUUCUUGGCAAAGUAUUGGUUGCUUUAGCAUCUGAAGAGCUUGCCAAAGGCUGGACCCAGUGGUAUGAUCUAACUGAAGAUGGUACCCGACCGCGACCUCCUAUCAUGAUUCUUCGUAGAGCAGUCAAUCGUGGUAGCCAGGUACCAUCUAGUUCUCCUGGUAUCAGGGUCAUGGAGCAUCUAAAAUGUGCCAGGCCUUCUGCUGAGGAUAUAGGGCCAAAUAAGAACUGGUUCUUGUCCAAACAAUUCCUUUCCUUUGGGGCUUGCUGGAAUCUGAAUAUUUCUUCAGGGACCUAUCAAGUAGUAGUUAUUUCUCCCUCAUUGUCUGCUGCAGAAUCUGAGUGUGAGGUAGAAACAACCCAGGCUCCUCCUUACAGCCUUCGGAUAAUUGUUCCUUCUCCCACCCCCUGCGUAAAGACAGAUGAUGACUUAGGAGGAGGCACAAGUGCUGCCAGCAAAGCACUGAGUCCAGUCCCAGGAAGGACUUAA